AUGCCCAUCUCAUCCUUGUGCGCGGAGGCAGACGUUAUCAGAAAGGUGGACGGGCACUAUGUACACGGUCCUAGGUUUACUAGAGGGAGUUGUGCUGUCUCAGUAACCUGGUUUUGCCAUCAAAGGAGGAGGGGAUAGGUGGUGACGAGCUGAUUUGGGCUGGUUGACCCUUCGGCGCGAGAAUUUUUCGACCAAGAACCCCAAGUGCAACGAGGGAGAAAGCGAGGAACCGACUGGGAUGGACAGCAACGAGAGCGUGUACGAAGCGGAGCGGGUCGAGUUUGGUCGUGCUAGGACUGGCCACAGCGCGGCACCGGAGUAGCGGCACCGGAGCAGCGGAACCGGAGCGGGCGGACGGCAUCGAACCGUGGGGCACGGACAAACAUCUCGUGUGUUGUCAAUUAUUUUUCCGUUGUUUCCCUGAAUACAGGGGUUGGGUUAAUGUGAAGACGUCACUGGUGUUGUAGAGAGACGCGCAGAGAUGGCGCGGAUAACCCG